CAAAAAUUUGUUCAUUUGUGCAGUGUAAUCUUGUUCAAAUUCGUGUUAAGCCUAUUGAAUCGAUGUGUCAGCUUGUAUCGAUACCACAUGGCCACGAAUUUGCCAUAACUUUUUAUUCUUUUCCUUGCCUUAGCAAUAUGGCAUGGUAAGAUUCUAACAAUAUUUAUUCUUUCCAUAAAAUUUAACUUAUCCUGUAAGAUUUUUCUCUGGACAUGAGUUAGGUUUCCCAUCAAAUUGCUUCAGUCUUUCAUUUUGAUGUGGACACAGAGGACUUUAAUGUCAUUAAGAGAUCUUUUCGAGCUGCAAAUCUGAUUUGAGUUCAACCUGUGACCUUUAUAUGCUCAUAGAUAUCAUCGUUCAAACGGAAGACUAACAAGACUUUUCUCAUAGAAUAUCAGAUCAACAACAGCAGACUUCUAGUUCAGUUAGUGUUGAGAGGAUACAAAAGAGCCGAGUCUGUGAAAGGCUUCUAUUGUACAUCUAUGGGAGAAGAAUCGAUUUUUCUCCAGAUAGAUAUUGAUCAAUGAUGAAGAAAUCAAGUUGAUCAUGAAUUCAAGAAAUAAAGAAUCUUGUGGUGAUGACACCAACAAUAGUAAAAUAUUCUCAAGGACUACUCCAUCAAGUUCUUCAAGGCAGUCCUGGGCAGGCAGCUUUAAAAAUCCAAGAAUUGUACGCGUAUCGCGUUCCUUUACCGGGAAAGAUAGGCACAGUAAGGUAUGCACUGUAAAGGGACUAAGAGACAGGAGAAUUAGACUUUCAGUGCCAACUGCAAUUCAAUUGUAUGAUCUUCAAGAUAGGCUUGGGCUGAGCCAACCUAGCAAAGUUGUAGACUGGUUGAUCGAUGCCACUAAACUUGAUAUUGAUAAGCUUCCACCUUUGCAAAUGCCACAUCCAUCUCUUUCUCACGUGUUCAAUAUGAAAGAUCAUGGAACAAAUCAUCAAGAUUUUGAUGCUACUUUGAGAGAAACAGGAUUUGGAAAAGACAAGUGGAUUUCCACAAAUGAGCAAGAAAAUGCUACUAAUAUUGGUUGUGUUCCACUACUUUCAUCACAAAGUAGCAAUUUCUUUCAAUUAGGAAAUCAUCAAUCUUCUAAUUUACCUGCAGGCAUAUUAAACAGCAAUUUUCCCCUCAAUAAUACCUAUUGGGAACCUAAUUCAAACUUGUCUUUAGGUCCAUUUGCAAAUUACCACUCCUUUUCAGCAUCACAAACUGAUCAUCAUCAAGAGUGCCAACAAAAUAUGUCUUUUCCUCCAGGCUCUCAACUAUAUUUCUGUCCAACUGCUCCAACAAUGUCAUCCAAUAUGUCUUUUCCUCCACAACUUAAUCCCCAGCUCAACCACUUCCAUUUCAUAGACUCAAGUUCACAACAUGUCCAUCCGAAUUCGAUCAUGCCAACUCUUCAGUUAAUCAGUUCCCAAGGGAAAUCCUCCUUCAGUCUGAAUAAGGGGCUUAAGUCACAAGAAAGUGAUGAUCAUGACAACCAUAAGAAGGCAGUGAUCCUUAAUUAGCAUGGAUCAGAAGAAAUUUUAGUGUGCCACAUGGAAUUGAAGCUGCUAUAUAUAUGUCUUGAAUUUGUUUAGAACAUCAUCAGCUAUGCCUUGGAAAGACCCAUGCUGCAACAAAUAUAAACUUGCUACAAUAUUCUUGCUUCACAGAUUAUACAACAAUACAGUAAGACAUGAUUAUUCUAUCUCUUUUAUGUUUAUAAAUUUUAUCUAUUUACUUCGCGGAACACAAUAUAAUAUUGAUAUUCAGAGUCUAUGUUCUACCACUACGUGGUCAAUAUUUAUUAUAUUAAAGUUUGUAGCUUCUUAA